AGCUCUCGCACCGUGGGAGGGAACACCAAUUGGAGAGAGUCAGACGGAGUGAGGAGAGCAGACAGACAGGGAGAGAGAGAGAGGAGACGGAGGAGGGGAAGCCGUGGUGGUGGCAGGCUAACAGGGGCUCGCGGAGGGGGAACAGCUGGUGCCCCUGCAUGUGUCUCCGUCCGUCUAUCUCGGCACGCACAUGGACGACCACCACAGUCUCCUUCAAUCCCCACCGCCUUCCAUUACCAAGACCCACCAGGACCACCCCGACCUCCGAGAUCGCGACACCCUCGUAAACCACGGAUACACAGAGACGGACAUCGAUGUGAUGACGGUGGUGGCGUGCGGCGGAGACAACAUGUUGGAGGAGUUGGUGACACUACCAGGUCACCACUCUCUGGACCGGUACGAACGGAACCAACCGGACCAUGAGUGCUGCGAGCGCGUGGUCGUCAACAUCUCUGGGCUGCGCUUCGAGACGCAGCUGAAGACCCUCUCCCAGUUCCCUGAGACCCUGCUGGGGGACCCCAAGAAGAGGAUGAGGUACUUUGACCCUCUGAGGAACGAGUAUUUCUUUGACAGGAACCGGCCCAGCUUCGACGCCAUCCUCUACUACUACCAGUCGGGCGGGCGUAUCAGGAGACCCGUCAACGUGCCCAUAGACAUCUUCUCUGAGGAGAUCCGCUUCUACGAGCUGGGAGAGGAGGCCAUGGAGAAGUUCAGAGAGGAUGAGGGUUUUAUUAAGGAAGAGGAGAGACCACUACCCGACAACGAGCUGCAGAGACAGGUGUGGUUGCUGUUUGAGUACCCUGAGAGCAGUGGUCCGGCGCGGGGGAUAGCCAUCGUCUCCGUCCUCGUCAUCCUCAUCUCCAUCGUCAUCUUCUGCCUGGAGACGUUACCGGAGUUCAGGGACGACCACAAGGUGCCGGUGGCUUCCGUUAUUAACGGCACCGAGCCGAUUUUCUCCUCUCCGUUCUCCGACCCGUUCUUCGUGGUGGAGACGCUGUGCAUCAUCUGGUUCUCCUUUGAGCUGCUGGUCCGGUUCUUCGCCUGUCCCUCCAAGGCCACCUUCUCUAAGAACAUCAUGAACAUUAUAGAUAUUGUUGCUAUCAUACCCUACUUCAUUACGCUGGGCACGGAGCUUGCGGAGCAGCAGGGGAACGGGCAGCAGGCCAUGUCCCUCGCCAUCCUCAGGGUCAUCCGUCUGGUCAGGGUGUUCAGGAUCUUCAAGCUGUCCAGACACUCCAAGGGGCUCCAGAUCCUGGGCCAGACCCUGAAGGCCAGCAUGCGGGAGCUGGGCCUGCUCAUCUUCUUCCUCUUCAUCGGAGUCAUCCUCUUCUCCAGUGCCGUCUACUUCGCCGAGGCUGACGACCCAGACUCCAGCUUUAGCUCCAUCCCUGAUGCCUUCUGGUGGGCCGUGGUCACCAUGACUACUGUCGGCUAUGGAGACAUGCACCCGAUAACCAUCGGCGGGAAGAUCGUGGGCUCUCUCUGCGCUAUCGCUGGGGUGUUGACCAUCGCCCUGCCCGUCCCCGUCAUCGUGUCCAACUUCAACUACUUCUACCACCGGGAGACGGAGGGCGAGGAGCAAGCGCAGUACCUCCACGUGGGCAGCUGUCAGCCGCUGGCGGCCGAGACGGAGGAGGAUGGGGAGAUGAGGAAGAGGAGCAGCUCUACAUCGCUGAGUAAGAGUGAGUACCUGGUGAUAGAGGAAAACAGAGGAUUGAACAGCAGCACCUUCAAACAGCAGCAGAACUUCCCCACGGCAACCACAGCUACCACGACGACAACCGUGACACAAAACAACACGGUGAACAGUGUCAGCAUCAACAAGAAGAUAUUCACUGACGUGUAGUCUAUGGGCAUCAUAACGGACUCAUGGAUUAAUGUAUGUAGUGCUUUAACAGAUGUGGUUGAAUGAGGAGAGACUCAUCACCACCAUGAAUCUCUAGCCCCCAUAUGUAAUGGGAAUAUAUACACUACAUGACCAAAAGUAUGUGGACACCUGCAUGUCCAACAUAUCAUCCAAAAAUCAUGGGGAUUAAAUAUGGAUUUGGUCCCCCGAUUUGCUGCUAUAACAGCCUCCACUCUUCUGGGAAGGCUUUCCACUAGAUGUUGGAACAUUGCUGCUAUAACAGCCUCCACUCUUCUGGGAAGGCUUUCCACUAGAUGUUGGAACAUUGCCGCUGUAACAGCCUCCACUCUUCUGGGAAGGCUUUCCACUAGAUGUUGGAACAUUGCUGCUAUAACAGCCUCCACUCUUCUGGGAAGGCUUUCCACUAGAUGUUGGAACAUUGCUGCUAUAACAGCCUCCACUCUUCUGGGAAGGCUUUCCACUAGAUGUUGGAACAUUGCCGCUGUAACAGCCUCCACUCUUCUGGGAAGGCUUUCCACUAGAUGUUGGAACAUUGCUGCUGUAACAGCCUCCACUCUUCUGGGAAGGCUUUCCACUAGAUGUUGGAACAUUGCUGCUGUAACAGCUUCCACUCUUCUGGGAAGGCUUUCCACUAGAUGUUGGAACAUUGCUGCUAUAACAGCCUCCACUCUUCUGGGAAGGCUUUCCACUAGAUGUUGGAACAUUGCUGCUAUAACAGCCUCUACUCUUCUGGGAAGGCUUUCCCCUAGAUGUUGGAACAUUGCUGCGGGGACUUGCUUCCAUUCAGCCACAAGAGCAUUAGUGAGGUCGGGCACUGAUGUUGGGCGAUUAGGCCUGGCUCACAGUCGGCGUUCCAAUUCAUCCCGAAGGUCCCGAAGGUGUUCGAUGGGGUUGAGGACAGUGCUCUGUGCAGGCCAGUCAAGUUCUUCCACACCGAUCAAGACAAACCAUUUCCUUAUGGAACUUGCUACGUGCAUGUGGGCAUUGUCAUGCUGAAACAGGAAAUAGCCUUCCCCAAACUGUUGCCACAAAUUUAGAAGCAUAGAAUUGUCGAGAAUGUAAUUUUAUGUUGUAGCGUUAAGACUUCCCUUCACUGGAAUGAAUGGGUUUAGUUCAGAGGCAGUUUGGAACUCGGAGUGUUGCGCCCGAGGACAGACAACUAUUACACGCUACGUAGUUCAGCACUCGGCGGUCCCGUUCUGUGAGCUUGUGUGGCCUACCACUUCGCGGCUGAGCCGUUGUUGCUCCUAGACUUUUUCACUUCACAAUAACAGCACUUACAGUUGACUGGGGCAGCUCUAACAGUUGAUGGGGCAGCACUUACAGUUGACCAGGGCAGCUCUAGCAGGGCAGACAUGUGACGAACUGACUUGUUGGAAAGGUGGCAUCCUAUGACAGUGCCACGUUGAAAGUCACUGAGCUCUUCAGUAAGGAGAUUCUACUGCCAAUGUUUGUCCGUGGAGAUUGCAUGGCUGUGUGCUCGAUUUUAUACACCUGUCAGCAAGGGGUGUGGUUAAAAUAGCCGAAUCCACUAAUUUGAACGGGUGUCCACAUACUAUUAUAUAUAUAGUGUAUAAUGGUGAUAUGGACAUUGCACAGGGUUGUACUCUGUUACAACACAGCAGUCUGUGUCUGGAUGAAGAAGGAGAGACAUAGAGACAUAUAAAACACCAGAGAGUCUUCAGCUGAUUCUAAUAUGUGAGUGGCGUGUAUUCAGGAUUAAAGUGAUCCUACAUCAGAUUUUUAAACAGUCACCACUAUCCGGCCUCCACCCGGUACCCUGCCCUGAACCUUAGUUACUGUUACUAGCCGGCCUCCACCCAGUACCCUGCCCUGAACCUUAGUUACUGUUACUAGCCUCCUCCCAGUACCCUGCCCUGAACCUUAGUUACUGUUACUAGACGGCCUCCACCCAGUACCCUGCCCUGAACCUUAGUUACUGUUACUAGCCGGCCUCCACCCAGUACCCUGCCCUGAACCUUAGUUACUGUUACUAGCCAGCCUCCACCCAGUACCCUGCCCUGAACCUUAGUUACUGUUACUAGCCAGCCUCCACCCAGUACCCUGACCUGAACCUUAGUUACUGUUACUAGCCGGCAUCCACCCAGUACCCUGCCCUGAACCUUAGUUACUGUUACUAGCCAGCCUCCACCCGGUACUCUACCCUAAACCUUAGUCACUGUUACUAGCCGGCCUCCACCCAGUACCCUGCACUGAAACUUAGUCACUGUUACUAGCCGUCCUCCACCCAGUACCCUGCCCUGAACCUUAGUUACUGUUACUAGCCGUCCUCCACCCAUUACCCUGCCCUGAACGUUAGUUACUGUUACUAGCCUCCACUCAGUACCCUGCCCUGAACCUUAGUCACUGUUACUAGCCGGCCUCCACCCAGUACCCUGCCCUGAACCUUAGUCACUACUAGACGGCCUCCACCCAGUACCCUGCCCUGAACCUUAGUUACUGUUACUAGCCGGCCUCCACCCAGUACCCUGCCCUGAACCUUAGUUACUGUUACUAGCCGGCCUCCACCCAUUACCCUGCCCUGAACGUUAGUUACUGUUACUAGCCUCCUCCCAGUACCCUGCCCUGAACCUUAGUUACUGUUACUAGCCGGCCUCCACCCAGUACCCUGCCCUGAACCUUAGUUACUGUUACUAGCCGGCCUCCACCCAGUACCCUGCACUGCACCUUAGUUACCACUAUCCAGCCUCCACUCAGUACCCUGCCCUGAACCUUAGUUACUGUUACUAGCCGGCCUCCACCCAGUACCCUGCCAUUAACCUUAGUUACCACUAUCCAGCCUCCACUCAGUACCCUGCACUGCACCUUAGUUACCACUAUCCAGCCUCCACUCAGUACCCUGCCCUGAACCUUAGUUACUGUUACUAGCCGGCCUCCACCCAGUACCCUGCCCUGAACCUUAGUUACUGUUACUAGCCGGCCUCCACCCAGUACCCUGCCCUGAACCUUAGUUACUGUUACUAGCCAGCCUCCACCCAGUACCCUGCACUGAACCUUAGUUACUGUUACUAGCCGGCCUCCACCCAGUACCCUGCCCUGAACCUUAGUUACUGUUACUAGCCGGCCUCCACCCAGUACCCUGCCCUGAACCUUAGUUACUGUUACUAGCCGGCCUCCACCCAGUACCCUGCCCUGAACCUUAGUUACUGUUACUAGCCGGCCUCCACCCAGUACCCUGCCCUGAAUCUUAGUUACUGUUACUAGCCGGCCUCCACCCAGUACCCUGCACUGAACCUUAGUUACUGUUACUAGCCGGCCUCCACCCAGUAACCCUGCCCUUAACCUUAGUUACUGUUACUAGCCGGCCUCCACCCAGUACCCUACACUGCACCUUAGUUACCACUAUCCAGCCUCCACUCAGUACCCUGCACUGCACCUUAGUUACCACUAUCCAGCCUCCACUCAGUACCCUGCCCUGAACCUUAGUUACUGUUACUAGCCAGCCUCCACCCAGUACCCUGCACUGCACCUUAGUUACCACUAUCCAGCCUCCACUCAGUACCCUGCCCUGAACCUUAGUUACUGUUACUAGCCGGCCUCCACCCAGUACCCUGCCCUGAACCUUAGUUACUGUUACUAGCCGGCCUCCACCCAGUACCCUGCCCUGAACCUUAGUUACUGUUACUAGCCGGCCUCCACCCAGUACCCUGCCCUUAACCUUAGUUACUGUUACUAGCCAGCCUCCACCCAGUACCCUGCAAUGCACCUUAGUUACCACUAUCGGUCCUCCACUCAGUACCCUGCCCUGAACCUUAGCGCCUCCUGCUCUGUGUACAUAGAUCUGUCGAACACUGGUCACUUUAUUAAUGUUUUCAUACUGUUUUACACUAUGUGUACAUACUGUAUUCUAGUCAUGGUUCAUCCUAUAUAACUAAUGUCUAUACUGUCUAUACACACCAUCCUAUAUAACUACUGUCUAUACACACCAUCCUAUAUAACUACUGUCUAUACUGUCUAUACACACCAUCCUAUAUAACUACUGUCUAUACACACCAUCCUAUAUAACUACUGUCUAUACUGUCUAUACACACCAUCCUAUAUAACUACUGUCUAUACUGUCUAUACACCCCAUCCUAUAUAACUACUGUCUAUACACACCAUCCUAUAUAACUACUGUCUAUACUGUCUAUACACACCAUCCUAUAUAACUACUGUCUAUACUGUCUAUACACACCAUCCUAUAUAACUACUGUCUAUACUGUCUAUACACCCCAUCCUAUAUAACUACUGUCUAUACACACCAUCCUAUAUAACUACUGUCUAUACACACCAUCCUAUAUAACUACUGUCUAUACUGUCUAUACACACCAUCCUAUAUAACUACUGUCUAUACACACCAUCCUAUAUAACUACUGUCUAUACUGUCUAUACACACCAUCCUAUAUAACUACUGUCUAUACUGUCUAUUCACACUAUCCUAUAUAACUACUGUCUAUACUGUCUAUACACACCAUCCUAUAUAACUACUGUCUAUACACACCAUCCUAUAUAACUACUGUCUAUACUGUCUAUACACACCAUCCUAUAUAACUACUGUCUAUACACACCAUCCUAUAUAACUACUGUCUAUACUGUCUAUACACACCAUCCUAUAUAACUACUGUCUAUACACACCAUCCUAUAUAACUACUGUCUAUACACACCAUCCUAUAUAACUACUGUCUAUACUAUCUAUACACACCAUCCUAUAUAACUACUGUCUAUACUGUCUAUACACACCAUCCUAUAUAACUACUGUCUAUACACACCAUCCUAUAUAACUACUGUCUAUACUGUCUAUACACACCAUCCUAUAUAACUACUGUCUAUACACACCAUCCUGUAUAACUACUGUCUAUACUGUCUAUACACACCAUCCUAUAUAACUACUGUCUAUACACACCAUCCUAUAUAACUACUGUCUAUACACACCAUCCUAUAUAACUACUGUCUAUACACCCCAUCCUAUAUAACUAUUGUCUAUACACACCAUCCUAUAUAACUACUGUCUAUACACACCAUCCUAUAUAACUACUGUCUAUACACACCAUCCUAUAUAACUACUGUCUAUACUGUCUAUACACACCAUCCUGUAUAACUACUGUCUAUACACACCAUCCUAUAUAACUACUGUCUAUACACACCAUCCUAUAUAACUACUGUCUAUACUGUCUAUACACACCAUCCUGUAUAACUACUGUCUAUACACACCAUCCUGUAUAACUACUGUCUAUACACACCAUCCUAUAUAACUACUGUCUAUACUGUCUAUACACACCAUCCUAUAUAACUACUGUCUAUACACACCAUCCUAUAUAACUAUUGUCUAUACACACCAUCCUAUAUAACUACUGUCUAUACACACCAUCCUAUAUAACUACUGUCUAUACACACCAUCCUAUAUAACUACUGUCUAUACUGUCUAUACACACCAUCCUGUAUAACUACUGUCUAUACACACCAUCCUAUAUAACUACUGUCUAUACACACCAUCCUAUAUAACUGCUGUCUAUACACACCAUCCUAUAUAACUACUGUCUAUACUGUCUAUACACACCAUCCUAUAUAACUACUGUCUAUACACACCAUCCUAUAUAACUACUGUCUAUACUGUCUAUACACACCAUCCUAUAUAACUACUGUCUAUACUGUCUAUACACACCAUCCUAUAUAACUACUGUCUAUACUGUCUAUACACACCAUCCUAUAUAACUACUGUCGAUACACACCAUCCUAUAUAACUACUGUCUAUACUGUCUAUACACACCAUCCUAUAUAACUACUGUCUAUACUGUCUAUACACACCAUCCUAUAUAACUACUGUCUAUACACACCAUCCUAUAUAACUACUGUCUAUACACACCAUCCUAUAUAACUACUGUCUAUACACACCAUCCUAUAUAACUACUGUCUAUACUGUCUAUACACACCAUCCUAUAUAACUACUGUCUAUACUGUCUAUACACACCAUCCUAUAUAACUACUGUCUAUACACACCGUCCUAUAUAACUACUGUCUAUACUGUCUAUACACACCAUCCUAUAUAACUACUGUCUAUACACACCAUCCUAUAUAACUACUGUCUAUACACACCAUCCUAUAUAACUACUGUCUAUACACACCAUCCUAUAUAACUACUGUCUAUACACACCAUCCUAUAUAACUACUGUCUAUACUGUCUAUACACACCAUCCUAUAUAACUACUGUCUAUACACACCAUCCUAUAUAACUACUGUCUAUACACACCAUCCUAUAUAACUACUGUCUAUACACACCAUCCUAUAUAACUACUGUCUAUACACACCAUCCUCUAUAACUACUGUCUAUACACACCAUCCUAUAUAACUACUGUCUAUACUGUCUAUACACACCAUCCUAUAUAACUGCUGUCUAUACACACCAUCCUAUAUAACUACUGUCUAUACACACCAUCCUAUAUAACUACUGUCUAUACUGUCUAUACACACCAUCCUAUAUAACUACUGUCUAUACUGUCUAUACACACCAUCCUAUAUAACUACUGUCUAUACACACCAUCCUAUAUAACUACUGUCUAUACUGUCUAUACACACCAUCCUAUAUAACUACUGUCUAUACUGUCUAUACACACCAUCCUGUAUAACUACUGUCUAUACACACCAUCCUAUAUAACUACUGUCUAUACACACCAUCCUAUAUAACUACUGUCUAUACUGUCUAUACACACCAUCCUAUAUAACUACUGUCUAUACUGUCUAUACACACCAUCCUAUAUAUAUUUAUAUUCUGUGCUCUGACAUUGCUCGUUCUGGUAUUUCUUAAUAUAUUUCUUUAAAUUGUGUAGAUGAUGUGUGUUUUGUAUUACUGUUGAAGGUAGAAACACAUUUCGCUGCCCCUGAUAUGACAUGUACCAAUAAACAUCACUUUGAUUUCAAAGGUU